AUGUUCGGGAUGGCUGCUGUUACACGUGUCUCUGGUUGCUUGUGUACUGCUUCUUCCCUGCUCUUGAGAGGCCGCCCAUCGUCUCCGUCUUUAUUGAAGCCUGCAUUUAUUUUCUACUCUAGUCGGCUACUGUCUUCUCGUACGAUGGACAAUCUCCUUAUAAACGACUCGAAAUACGCUUGGCUUAAAGAACUUGGUCUGUCCAGCCACAAUUACGGGGUUUACUACGGUAAAAACUGGUGUGGUAGCGGUGAGUUGGUGACUUCUUAUUGUCCUGCAAACAAUCAACCCAUUGCACAAGUGACACAAGGCAAUGAAGCAGACUAUGAACAUGCAAUUGCAGCCACAAAAGAAGCUUGGAAUGUUUGGGCAGAUAUCCCUGCACCUCAGAGAGGUGAAAUUGUGCGGCAGAUUGGAGAGGCCCUGAGGAAAAAAAUAGAAUUACUUGGAAAACUGGAAUCUCUGGAAAUGGGCAAAAUUCUUCCUGAAGGCAUUGGAGAAGUGCAAGAAUUUGUUGAUAUAGCAGAUUAUGCUGUGGGACUCUCCAGAAUGUUUGCUGGUCAUGUCUUUCCAUCAGAACGGAAAGGUCAUGUUCUUUUAGAACAAUGGAAUCCUCUUGGUACUGUUGGAAUUAUCACAGCUUUCAAUUUCCCAGUAGCUGUUUAUGGUUGGAAUGCUUCCAUUGCUAUGGUUACUGGAAAUACCAUCUUAUGGAAAGGAGCCCCCUCUACACCAUUGACAAGCAUUGCUACAACAAAAAUUAUACAGUCUGUCUUUGAGGCUAACAAUCUUCCUGGUGCUAUAAGUUCUUUGGUCUGUGGUGGAGCAGAUGUAGGUACUUUAAUGGCUAAAGAUGAGAGGAUUAAUUUGAUGUCUUUUACUGGCAGCACUGAGGUUGGCAAGAAAGUGGCUCUAAUGGUCCAUGAAAGAUUUGGUAAAUGCCUUUUGGAAUUGGGUGGAAACAAUGCAUUAAUUGUUAACGAAGAUGCUGACCUUGAUAUGGUUGUACGUUCAGCUUUAUUUGCUUGUGCUGGAACUGCUGGUCAAAGAUGCACCACAACCAGACGUUUAAUUUUGCAUGAAAAGGUCUAUGAUGAAGUUGUGCAGAAAUUAGUGAAAGCCUAUGCUCAGCUCCCUAUUGGAGAUCCCAUUGAACCUGGUGUUCUUUAUGGUCCAAUGCACAGUCAACAAGGUGUUAAACUCUACUUGAAAACGAUCUCUGAUGCACUUAACCAAGGUGGAAAGAUUGAAUAUGGUGGUAAGCAACUUGAGCGACCUGGUAACUUUGUGGAACCAACAAUUAUUACAGGCCUUGCACAUAAUGCUGAUGUUGUUAUGAGAGAAACUUUUGCUCCAAUUGUCUACGUCCUGAAAUGCAAGUCUGUUGAUGAAGCCAUUGUCUGGAAUAAUGAAGUGAAACAAGGUUUGACAAGCAGCAUCUUCACCAAAGAUUUAGGAAACAUCUUUAAAUGGCUCGGUCCCAAGGGUUCUGACUGUGGCAUUGUCAAUGUGAACAUUCCUACCAGUGGAGCAGAAAUUGGUGGAGCUUUUGGUGGCGAAAAGCACACUGGAGGAGGCAGGGAAUCUGGCAGUGAUGCCUGGAAGCAAUAUAUGAGACGUUCUACUUGUACAAUCAACUACAGUAAAGAACUUCCUCUCGCACAAGGAAUCAAGUUUGAAUAG